AUGGACUUGGAUAAAUCAAUUGAAGAGCAGUUCACCAAGCUGCAUCCGUGCUUCCCCGUACACACAAGGAUUGGAAUCGUGGGAGCUGGCCCAAGCGGACUCUCUGCUGCCUAUGCACUAUGUAAGCUUGGUUACACUAAUGUGACUGUCUUGGAGAAGUAUCAAUCAGCUGGAGGCAUGUGUGAAUCAGCUGAGAUUGAAGGAAGAAUUUACGAUUUGGGAGGUCAAGUUCUUGCUGCAAACAGUGCUCCUGCUAUAUUUCACUUGGCAAAGGAAGUUGGGGCUGAAACAGAGGAGAUGGACGCCCACAAUUUUGCUAUGAUUGACAGUUCCACAGGAAAAUAUAAUGACUUGAAAGUGGCAGAUGAUUAUGUGUAUGCAAUCUCUCUGACCUUGGAACUCCAGGAAAAGGCCAAGGCUUCGGGCAGAAUUGGGGUCCAUGCUGUCAGUGACAUUGCUUCAGAUUUGACUCCUGUGUUUCUUGAGGACCAUGGAUUUAAAUCAAUUCCUAAAUCUGUGGCUUAUGGAUACACUGCUUCUGGAUAUGGCUUUGUUCAAGACAUGCCUUAUGCUUACAUUCAUGAAUUCACCAAGACCUCAAUGGCGGGAAAGAUUCGGCGCUUCAAAGGAGGUUACACAAGUGUUUGGCAGAAAAUAAGUGAAGGGCUACCUAUAGAAGUUUGCUGCAAUACUGAAGUAAUAGCAAUCAGACGCAACUCAAUUGGUAUCAGAGUUGAUGUCAAGGAUCAUAGUGGCGCAAAGCAAGUUGUGGAGUUUGAUAAAAUCAUUAUCUCUGGUUCUUUUCCCUUCAACAGUGGAAAGACUUACAGAUCACCUUCUUCAAGCACAUUAGGAGUAGUAAAUGAGUUUCUGGACAUGAGUGAGCUUGAAAAGGAAUUAUUCAGUAAAGUAAAAACCAUUGAUUACUACACCACUGUCUUGAAGAUAAAGGGACUGGAGCACAUUCCAAUGGGUUUCUAUUACUUUGGGGAAUUCAUGGAUGAUCCAGCGGCAAUUGGGCAUCCUGUUGCAAUGCAGAGAUUCUAUUCGGACACAAACAUUUUCUUGUUUUGGUCAUACGGAAACUCUGCAGAUAUUGGGGGAUCAGAGAUCAAUGAGUUCGCAAUCAACAUAGUUAAAAGUAUGGGGGGUGAAGUAGAGAAAGUAGUUUUACAAAGACGGUUUAAGUAUUUUCCUCAUGUCAACAGCCAAGGUAUCCUUAACAAGUCACUUCAGUACAUGCUUCCGGAUAAUAAACUGUAUUAUGUAUAUAUAACCUUGUGUGUCCUAAUUCCAAAAACAGAUAUGAAGGAUGGGUUCUUUGAUAAACUGGAGUUUGAACUACAAGGUCAGCGUAGCACUUACUUUGUUGGUGGGCUCAUGGCAUUUGAGCUGACAGAGAGAAAUGCAUCCUAUGCCAUGGCUCUAGUCUGCAAGAACUUUGCAAAGGACAGUCCAAAUUUUCCUUAUGUUAAGAGGUUGUUUCCAUUGCACUCAAAUCGUAGGGCCUGGAACUAUGAGAAAUUAGAUGAAAUGCCUGGUGUGGAGUUUCCUGAUCUUUCUUCCCUUGAUGGUUUUCUGAGUCACUGGGGAACUCACAACGUCACACAAAAGAAAAUCAUCUACACUUGGAUUAAUGACAAAGGAGAAGCGGUAGAUUUGAGGACAUACGAAGAACUUCACCGAAAUGCUUCUUACAUCGCUUAUAAGCUCUUGACAAGCCAAAAACCAAAUAUCAAGUCUGGUGACAGGGUUCUCCUUGUAUAUGUUCCAGGCCUUGAUUUCAUUGAUGCCUUCUUUGGAUGUCUGAGAGCUGGAGUCAUACCAGUACCAGCAAUUCCUCCCGAUCCGUCGCAAAGAAGUGGACAAGCACUACUCCAUAUAGAGAAAGUUGCUGAAACAUGCAAUGCAUCGGCAAUCCUUUCAACAUCUGGCUACCACAUAUCUGUCCGUGCAUUCUCUGCAAAGAACAUGAUAUUAUCCCUGAAGAACGGAAAACUCUCCGCUCGCUGGCCUGACCUGCCAUGGUUACAUACCGACUCUUGGAUCAAGAACUCUAAAAAUCCACUGCAUCAAGAAGAGAUAGCAAAACAAUCUGAACCUUUGCCAGAAGAUGUAUGCUUUCUGCAAUUCACAUCAGGCUCAACUGGUGAGCCUAAAGGAGUUAUGAUCACUCAUGGAGGGCUCAUUCAUAAUGUGAAGUUGAUGCGAAAGAGAUACAAGAGUACAUCAAAGACAGUACUUGUAAACUGGCUACCUCAAUACCAUGACAUGGGAUUGAUUGGAGGACUUUUCACAAGUAUGGUGAGUGGUGGAUCAGCAAUUCUAUUUUCGCCAAUUAGCUUCAUCAAGAAUCCCCUCUUAUGGCUGCAGACAAUCAGCAAAUACCGUGCUACUCAUAGUGCUGGCCCAAACUUUGCUUUUGAACUCCUUUUGCGAAGAUUGGAAUCCAAGAAGGAUACUGUGCAGAAUUUUGACCUGUCCAGCAUGGUUUUCCUCAUGGUUGCCGCUGAACCAGUGAGAUCAAAAACUCUUAAAAGGUUUCUUGAGUUAACUCAACCUUUUGGUCUUUCUCAAGAAGUAAUGUCUCCUGGUUAUGGCUUGGCGGAGAACUGUGUGUAUAUAAGCAGUGCAUUUGGCGAGGGAAAACCCGUAUUGGUAGAUUGGCAAGGAAGGGUGUGCUGUGGGUAUGUGGAUCCAAAUGAUCCUGAUGUUGACGUCAGAAUUGUUGACCCAGAAACUGGUAAAAUGCAUGAAGAAUCUGAAAAAGAAGGGGAGAUCUGGAUUAGUAGUCCAAGUGCUGGAAUUGGAUACUGGGGCAUGGAAGAGUUGAGCAAGAACAGUUUCAGGAAUGAGCUUCAGAACAACCCAGGAAAGAAGUACAUAAGAACUGGAGACGUGGGGCGGAUUAUUAGUCAGAAAUUAUUCAUCACUGGUAGGAUAAAAGACCUCAUCAUUGUUGCCGGGCGAAAGAUAUAUUCAUCAGAUGUUGAAAAGACUGUGGAGAGCUCCUCCGAACUUAUACGCCCAGGCUGCUGUGCUGUGGUUGGUGUUCCGAAGGAGAUUCUAUUGUCAAAAGGGUUAUCGGUUCCAGAAAGUUUUGACCAAGUUGGAUUAAUUGCAAUUGCAGAAGUUCGAGAAGAUAAGCCUCUUCCAACAAAUGUUUUAGAAGAGAUUCAAAACUGUGUUGCAGAGGAACAUGGCAUUAUUCUCUCUUCUAUUGUAUCGGUCAAACCAAGAACCAUUAGCAAAACGACAUCAGGGAAAAUCAAGAGAUUCGAUUGUCUUAAGCAAUUCAUUGAUGGGACAUUGAAUGUAGUAAAAGGGCCCGUUCUUGAAGAAAGGCCAUUGGCUCGGUCUGUGAGGAAAACAUCCCUAUCUUCCAUCACAAGGAAUCUUCAUUCAACAAAUGCCGGUAUUGGCAGAACGGAUAUUGUAAAUUUCUUAAAACAGCUUCUCUCGGAGCAGACUGGAAUUUCUACAGCAAACAUUUUGACCACUGAGAGCCUGGUAUCUUAUGGGGUUGAUUCAAUAGGCGUAGUUCGGGCAGCUCAAAAACUUUCUGUUUUUCUCGGAGUUCCAGUUGGGGCAAUUGAUAUCUUCACAGCAACCUGCAUUGAAGACUUGGUGAAUUUCGCUGAAAAUCUUUUAGCUAAAUCUCAACCUCAAUUGGCAACCACACCGCCCCAUUUUAGUCAAAACAAGGAAAAGCUUGCUGAUAUGGUAUAUGAGGUUUCCCAACCUCGCAAGUUGGGAAUUUGGCUGUUCCAACUUCUAGCUCUUACUUAUGCUUCCUUCUUACUAAUAUUUCCAGCAUAUCUAUCAAUAUCUGCUUUUGCAACUAUGGUAUCUGCUAGUCAUACCCUCAUAGACAGGACUCCUUGGCUUGGUUAUUUGCUUACCUUAGCUUGUGCUCCUCUUGCUUGGGUGCUUUGCAUAUUCACCACCUGCAUUUGUCUUGCUUUAUUUGGGAAUUCAUUUCUGCAACCCAAUUAUGCCAUGAACCUUGAAAUUUCCAUUUGGUCGAUUAAUUUCGUUAAAUGGUGGGCACUUUACAAGGCUCAAGAAAUUUCCUCAAAAGUCCUAGCAGUGCAUUUGAGAGGGACAAUAUUUGUUACUUACUGGUUUAAGAUGCUUGGAGCCAGGCUUGGAUCUUCUGUUUUGCUUGAUACAGUUGAUAUUACAGACCCAUCUCUGGUUUCAAUUGGAGAUGGAACUGUGAUUGCAGAAGGAGCAUUGCUUCAGAGUCAUGAAGUGAAAAAUGGAGUCUUGAGUUUCCACCCCAUUAAGAUUGGUCGAAAUUCUUUUGUUGGUCCUUAUGCAGUAGUUCAGAAGGGGAGCACAAUGGGGGAUGAAGCUGAGAUACAGGCCUUGCAGACAAGCGAAGAAGGCAAGACUGGAUCUAAGUUUGCCAAGGCUGAUAAAAUUAGAAAGGGCAACAUAGUACAAGAGCUGGCGAUUCAACCAAAUGAGAUACAUGAUCAGUCCCUUAACCACUUGUUGGGUAUCUACAUGGUUGGUUUCAUCAGCAGUCUAUCUGCAGCUAUUGCUUACUUCAUCUACCUUUGGCUAUCUCAGGAGUCUCAUUCCCUUCAACACUUUGGGCUUGUUUGCAUCUGUGGAGCCUUUCACUGGUUUCCAUUCACCAUAGUUGCUUAUGUGAUUAUGUGCGACAGUGCCCCAUCAAGCCCAAUCAACUUUGCCUUUUCGAUUGCCAUCUCUUACUUAGCUCAUGGCCUUAUAUACAUCGUGCUCACCUGCAGCUUGACCUAUGUUCUUUCAAAAAUGCAAGAUACCAACAAAAGGCAUCUUAAAACCUGGCUACGACAUCGACUUACCAUUGCCUGCCAUCUACGAUUUGCGAAGUUUCUUUCAGGAACAGAAACUUUCUGCAUUUAUCUUCGCCUUUUGGGGGCAAAAAUUGGCCGACACUGUUCUAUUAGAGCCAUUAACCCUGUUUCAGACCCACAACUGAUUUCAAUUGCUGAUGGUGUCCACCUAGGUGACUUUAGCCGAAUUAUCCCGGGAUUCUAUACACCAGGUGGCUUUUUGUGUGGACAAGUUGAGGUAAAGGAGAACUCGGUUGUCGGAAGUCAGAGUCUAAUUCUCCCUGGUUCUGUUAUUGAGAAGGAUGUCAUUCUUGGCGCACUCUCAGUUGCUCCCAUGAGUUCAAUUCUUCAAAGGGGUGGUGUUUAUGUUGGGUCUCAAUCUCCAGUUAUGGUUAAAAACACCUUGCACUUUUUGGAUGAUCGAAUAGAGGAAAUGGACAUGAAAUAUAAAAAGGUACUUGGAAAUCUUGCUGCAAACUUUGCUGCGACGACCCUCAAAGUAAAAUCAAGAUACUUCCAUCGAAUUGGUGCUACUGGGAAGGGAUUUCUAAAGCUUUACGAUGAUAUAUCAGGCUUUCCAGAUCACAAGAUCUUCUGUCGAGGGAAGAGCUAUGCCAUUAUUCUCCGGCACAGCAAUUGCUUAAGUUCUGAUGAUGAUGCUAGAAUUGAUCCACGUGGUGCAGCAAUUAGGAUCCUUUCGAAUGAGAGUGAUAACAAUACUCCGUUACUUGAUCUAACACUAAAGACAGGCAAGGCAUUUCAUGCUCGUAGCAUAGGCGACUUUGCGACAUGGCUUGUAUGUGGCGUUGCUGCACGAGAAGAGCAUGUUAAACAUGCCCCACAUGUGCGAGAAGCAAUGUGGGACUCCCUUCGACGAGCUGACUCAUAUGCUGAGUUGCAUUAUUAUUCAAAUAUCUGCAGGCUAUUUAGAUUCAAUGAUGGACAGGAAAUGUAUGUUAAAUUCAAAUUAAGGCCUUUCGAUGGAAAGAUCAGUGAGGAUUCCGGUAAGGUGGAGCCUAUGGGUAUACUUCCACCAGAAACUGGUGCAAUUCCAAGAGAUGAGAAUGACACCCGCCCACUACUUUUCCUUGAUGAAGAUUUCCAACGCCGCGUGAAGUCUCCGGCCAGGGCUCGUUACGUUCUUCAAGUGCAAAUCAGACCUGUCCCGAAGGAUGAAGACGUGUGUGAAAUUGCACUUGACUGCACCAAGCCGUGGGAUGAAACUGAAUUUCCACAUAUUGAGGUGGGAGAGAUAACUAUUGAUCAAAUUCUCAUCAAAGAAGAGUCUGAAGAGCUGGAGUUUAAUCCAUUUUUCAGAUGCCACGAAGUGGAUGUCAUCCGAGCUACAUCGUGUUCCCAAAGUGCUUCGCUUGAUCAUGGUCGUUCUUUAGUUUAUGCCAUAUGCCAGCAUUUGCGGAAUAAAAAGCCACUCCCAGAGGCAUGGAGGAUCUUCCUAGAUCAAUCCGACGUAAAGCUAGACCUUUCUGGCUGUCCAAUGGCAGCAGCAUUAGAGAAAAGAGACACUAACAAGGUGACAUUGGCAAGGCCAUGGCAUAGAACCUUAUGGUUAGUGACUGCUCAGCCAUUGCUACAAACAACUCUGCCAUAUUUUCUCAUGGGGUUAGUAGUCUUUGCUCCUCUGAACUGGGUUUUCAUCAUGAAAGAAAUCAAAAAGUUCCAUUUGCAUUGGUUGCUCUCUUUGUUCUGGGUUUAUUCAGGCUUUUCAGCUGGACUAGUCUGUGUUGUGGCCAAAAGGGUUUUGGUGGGAAAGAAGAAAGAUGGCGAAACAAUGCAGAUUUGGAGUGAAGGAAUAUUUAUGGACACUAUAUGGCAGGCAAUAAGGACAUUGGUUGGGGAAUAUUUCAUGGAAAUGACAAGUGGGUCAGUUAUGUAUGGCAUUUGGAUAAAACUUAUGGGUUCAGAGAUUGAUUGGGACAGAGGGGUCUAUGUGGACAGCAUGGGAGCUGUGUUAAAUCCUGAAAUGGUAAGGAUCGAGAGGCAUGGAUGUGUGGGAAGAGAAGCUUUGUUGUUUGGGCACAUAUAUGAAGGUGGAGGGAAAGUCAAGUAUGGGAAAAUCAGGAUUGGAGAGGGGGGAUUUGUGGGGAGCAGAGCUGUAGCCAUGCCUGGGGUGAUUGUGGAGAGAGAGGGAAGUCUAGGUGCCCUUUCACUUGCCAUGAAAGAAGAGAUUGUCAACUGA